AGUUUGGCAUUGAAUUCAUUAAUUAAAAUGGUACUCUCUAAUGACGAGACAUUCGAACUAACUUUUGUCGAUCCUUUUCGACAAUGCAAAGGAAAGCCUUUGGAGUACAAACACAUUAUGACACCUGAAGGAAUCUGCAUCAUAGGAGAAGUGGAUCAGCACUUCAUUCUCAAUGUAGAAUGCAAGGAUAAAGGAGUAUAUGGCAUCAGAGUAAUAGUGGAUGGGUAUACUUUACCAGGAAAGAAGACUUUUAAGAGUAAGUGUAAAGUGCAAGGCUUCACCAACUCCGAUGGCAACAUCAAUUGCUUCAAAUUCUAAAGGCCUAAGUCAGAUUCAGAGUCUACAAAUGUGUUCAAGAGGAAUGUGUAUAGGCCACCUUGGGAUAUGACUUAGAAUGAUUACCGUGACUAUCCUGGAGGUGCUGGUGAAAUUAUCGUCAAGAUCUAUGAAACCAAAUAGGAGGAGAACACACAAACAGGUGGUGGUGGAGGAGGACCAAGAGGAGGAGGAGCAAAAAAAUCCUAGGAUCCUAUGUUUGUAGAAGUGACUAAGAAUGAAAGCAAAUCAGCUGAAGAUUAAAGUUUAGGCAUUUCAUAAGGCAAUGUCAUUGAAUUGCCACCCAGAUAGGCUUUCGAUGAUUCCAGACCUCCAAAACCAUUUAAAGAUGUAAUUGUAUAUGAGCAUAUUGUGUAAUCCUUCAGAGUCAUUUACUUUGAUGCUGCAAGUCUGGUUGAGAAAGGGUUUGUUAAGUUGAAUAGUCAUUCUCACAUUGUUUAUUUGACUGAGGAAUUCUUUUAGGGAAAUGAGGCUGCUUUGAUUCAGGUCUUGUAGACUCUCAUUGAGAGUGGAUAGAAGGACAAGGAGGAGUCGGAUAUAUAGCAGACGGCGAAUGUUUUAGUUGAAAGAUUGGAUUAUUACUUCUCUGGAGAACUAUUGAAUAUAUUUUUGAAUAAGGAGAAUCAAGAGUAAUUGCAAUUGGAUCCUGGUUCAAGGGCAUAGUACUUGGAAAGUGAACUCAUUAAAUUUAUGGAGGGUUGGCCUGAUUUCUUUUUGAAUCUAGGAAUGGGAGCGUUUGGAAUAAAAAACAAAUAUGAUUAGAAACUAUACAUUGAGAAGAUUCAAGAGAAAGUCAUCAACAACCCAAAUAGGAAUGAAAUAUAAAUACAAUAAUAAUGA